AGUGUUCACGCAGGUUACACCUCAGUUUAACAAGAAAUCGCAUGCAGUACGUGCUGUGGUCGAACCGAUUUUGGAUUUUGGUUUGCUGGUUCAUAUAGAUGGUGUGUGAAAUACCGAAAAGCUGCUACUACUCGUAAUUUAUCCGAUGUAUCCAUUUUAAUCAUGUUUGACCGUGUGCGUGGGUGAACGGUUUCGGUUAUGCGGAAGUGACGGAUACCGGGGCUAGACAACAAGUUCUAAGGCAACCUAGUGGCCCCUAGUUAGCCACCAAACGACGACGAUUUAGAUCGCGUCCUGACAUGUGACAAAAAAAGACAAGCAGUCUUGCGGAAACAUGAAAAACAAAGGAGAAUCGUGAGCAUGUCCACAAUAAAGGGGCAGAAAUAAAAGGAUUGGUAUCCCGAGCGAUGUACGUUUCUGAUCAUUGGCUUCACCAGGCCCAGCUGGAUGUGCAUCGAAAAUACCGAAAUGCCCACCACAUCUGGUACGGGUAUGACCCGGAGGAAAACAAGAAUGGCAAAGGAAAUAUAACUAGAGGCAACCAACAAGAGCCAGCAGGCACAUUUAUGGCUUGGGUCAGAAGACUUCGUGGGCCUAAUGAAGCCAAUAAGCAGAAAGAUACGUCGUUCAGGUUACCAAUCCUACUUCUGCUCAUGUUCCUUUAUUGGGGUCCUUAGUGUCUGUUCCUAGACUUGAGUACUCAAGGUCGCGCUGGGUACUGGGGAGCCUUAAAACCAAUCUGUCGAAUGGAAAUUUAAGAGAUUAGGAAAAAUUGUAAUCAGGCCCUGUUGUGCGGGCUCGUGUCCGUACUCGCGCCGCGCGAAUCGGCGAGAUAGCUGGUCUAGAGAGGUGGAACGAGAUAAGCGUCGUAACGCCAGAGCAGCGCCUUGCUUAGCGGCCAGGGGCACGGCACCGACACUGCACCGUCCGUCCAGCCUACUACGAUUUAUCGCGAUUAUUUCACACGUGCGGACAUGGACACCGACCACCGUCAAUUGUUAUCCCAGUGACAACCAUCGCUGACAGUCAAAGUGUGCUUUGGAAGUCAAAAAAUGGAGCAUCAAGGCAGUAGCGGAGCUGGAGACUUUUCCAAAACGCCGGUUCCCAUCAGUCACAGUAAAUCAUCACCGGUUGCAGUGUCACCGUCGGUGCGCUCGAUGACGCAGACUGUCAUAGUGUCGUUGGAUGAGACUGUGACACACGACAUCACCUAUGUGAACUUUUCCUGCCUGAGAAGAGUGGAUAUGUCACACUUCGACUUGCUCAAGGUGUUAGGCACUGGUGCGUACGGUAAAGUGUUCCUAGUCCGAAAACGCGGUGGUAGCGAUAACGGUCGUUUAUACGCGAUGAAGGUGCUUAAAAAGGCUACGAUAGUCCAAAAGAAGAAGACUACCGAGCACACCAAAACCGAACGGCAGGUGCUGGAAGCCGUCCGAGAUAAUCCGUUCCUUGUCACCCUCCACUACGCCUUCCAGACUGACGCCAAACUACAUCUCAUACUAGACUAUGUAGCCGGAGGGGAGCUGUUCACUCACUUAUACCAAAGAGACCAUUUCACAGAAGACGAAGUUAGGAUAUACAUAGGGGAAAUAAUUUUAGCACUAGAACGUUUACAUUCGCUGGGUAUCAUCUACCGCGACAUCAAAUUAGAAAACAUCCUGGUGGACGAAUCGGGUCACAUUGUGCUGACCGAUUUCGGACUGAGCAAGGAAUUGCCACCGCCGAAGAGGGGUCCCGAGUCCUUAGGGUUGGAAGGGGAGCAAGGCGACAGGAGGGCAUACUCUUUUUGUGGCACGAUUGAGUACAUGGCCCCGGAAGUUGUCAAAGGGGGAACGCAGGGACACGAUAUCGCGGUAGAUUGGUGGUCGGUCGGCGUGCUGACAUAUGAGCUGCUCACAGGCGCUUCCCCUUUCACUGUUGAAGGUGAAAGGAAUACUCAACAAGAGAUCUCUAGAAGGAUACUUAGGACCACUCCACCAAUACCCGAUUAUUUGGGUAGAGAGGUAUCAGAUUUCAUUAGCAAAUUGCUAGUGAAGGAUCCGAGAAGAAGACUGGGAGGUGGUGAAGAGGACGCCAAAGAACUGAAAAGGCAUUCUUUCUUCAAAAGCCUGGAUUGGGAGAAGCUGGCUAGGAAAGAAAUACCAGCUCCUUUCAAACCAAUCAUCAAAAACGAGCUAGACGUAUCAAACUUCAGCGAAGAGUUCACGGCAAUGCCCCCAACCGACUCCCCGGCGGUGGUACCUCCGAACUACGACAAGAUCUUCAAAGGGUACUCGUACGUCGCCCCUUCCGUCCUUUUCACCAAAAAUGUCAUCUCGGAUGACAUCCUCAGACCUGCCAAAGAACAUGACAGUUUCAUCACGCUCAGCGAGGACUCCCGACUUAAGGACUCGCCUUUCUUCCAGUCUUAUGAUGUUGAUUUCACGGAGGAUAUUGUUGGAGAUGGAACGUUUUCGAUAUGUAGGAGAUGUGUUCACAAGUCAACGGGUAAAGAAUACGCAGUAAAAAUAGUGAGUCGAGCUAGGGACUGCACGCAAGAGAUCAACCUAUUGAGGGCAUGUCAAGGUCAUCCGAACAUCGUCACUCUCCACGAGUUCAUACAGGAUGAGAGUCACAGUUACCUGGUGUUGGAGUACCUCAGAGGAGGAGAAUUGUUCGAUCGGAUACGGAAGAAGUCCAAGUUUACAGAAUCUGAAGCGUCUUGUAUACUUAGAAAACUUAUAUCGGCUGUGAGCUUUAUGCAUUCAAGAGGUGUGGUACACCGAGACCUGAAACCCGAAAACCUAGUGUUCACCUCGACCGACGAUGACGCCGAGAUAAAAAUCAUCGACUUCGGCUUCGCGCGGUUGAAACAGGAAAAAGAACCUCUCCAUACGCCCUGUUUCACGCUGCAUUACGCCGCGCCCGAAGUGCUGAAGGGCGAUCCCGAAGGGUACGACGAGAACUGCGACCUGUGGAGCCUGGGGGUGAUCCUGUAUACCAUGUUAUGCGGGAAGGCGCCCUUCCACGCGCGGUCCAGGGAUGAGACGGUGUCGUUGAUUAUGGAAAGGAUAAAGGAUGGAGAUUUUAGUUUCGAUUCGACCGCAUGGUCCGGGGUCAGCACAGAAGCCAAAAACGUCGUUCGAGGACUUUUGACAGUAAAUCCAGCCCAAAGGCUGCGUAUGGUUGACCUGCAAAACAACCCUUGGAUCCAAGGUAGUCAGAGCUUCCCUCAAACGCCACUGAUGACGCCCGAUAUCCUAGGCAGCUCUGCAGAAAAGACGCUGCAAACUACUUUCAAUGCCUUCCAUCAAGCUCAAAGGGAAGGAUUCCGGUUACAGGAUGUCUUGAACGCAAAACUAGCACAACGUAGGCGGAUGAAAAAGAGUUCCUCGGACAACACCAGUUCAUCGUCUUCGUUCACCAGCGAGGGGUCAGUGAAAAGCGCGCCAUGCACCCCUCUCACCUCCAAUUCCAAAAGUUCCAAGACUGAAGACAGCAAACCAACUGCCACCACAAACGUUUACGAUUGGGACUCGUCCGAAUUCGAUACCAAAGGGUCCCAGCCGAACCCUGCCGACCCCCGCACCACCAACUUGACCAGCCUCCGCACCUCCGAGUCAAUCAGCGACAUAAUUCGCGAAUCGACCAGCUCCAGCGGCAUAGUCAUGUCCGAAAAGAAUUCCCUGGAUAGCUGCAAAGUGGUUGAACCGCCCCCGGCCACGCCUAGAAGACGGAAAUUUUACGAACCGGAGGCGGCCGGUGACGUCAUCCGUGAAGACAUCGAGUGCAAAACGGUGGAGCCUGUCGCAACAGCGCCGCCUCCAGCGACACCUAGGAGAAAGAAAGUGUACGUGCAGAGUAGACAGAGCGAACGUAUUAGGAGGACGAGGUUGGAGAUUGACGGAGAGGCGCCCGUUGAGUUCCUUUCGUUGCCGCAUAGGACAAGAAAGAGGAAACUGGGGGCUGAGGGAGUGGAAACAGACACCUCCAGGACGAAAGUGAGGAUGAAGACACCAAACCCCUCCACGCCCACAUCCAAAAAGUCAAGAAAGAAGGUGCACCGGUAGAAUCGAAAGUAGUCAGAUUUUUUAGUUAAUUAGCAUGUUCUAUUCUUAUUAUAGUAAUGAAACGUAGGGUGAAAAAGAGGCGUCUGCGACCCAGACUCAGUAUUUUGCGUACCAAGCGUAUACGCAUCCAAGGGCGCAGAUUCCGCUUAAAUUGAUGUGAUAAAGACAAAAAAAGCGAAGGAGGGGUGAAAGUAGGUGUGUAUGUCAGACAAAUCAUAACGGUGGAUGAAGUCGUCAAGUAAUUGGAAAAAUAUACUGGUGUCACAUACGAUUUUCCUUACCACUUCUAACUUUGACACAUGGCAGAAUAUUUGGAGUCAAAAAAUAUCCAUCCUCCAAAAUGCGAAAAUGUGCGAUCUAUGACUCCACUGAAGAUUUCCUAUUCCAACAAUGAGAAGUUAGGGUAUCAAUUUUAGAUGUUUUUUUUUUGUAAAGGACAUUGUGUACUUUGGCAUUGUUCCUCUUACCAGGAUUAUCAAAUACAUGUCGCCCUAUCUAGCAGCGUUUCCGAGAUUUUUGACGGAAAAGCUUGGCGAAAAAUGAGGUACGUCCUAUUCUAUAAAGCCUGUUAAUUUACGAUUGCUUGUGUAUUUUUUAUGGCUCGUAUCAACAAAAGCCAAAAUGUUUGAUAGAGUACACACAUUUAGAGAAGGCAAGAGUCCGACCAAAAAAUAUUUUUAGUUAUUAGAAUUUAGAACUACUGGGAAUGCUAGAAUUCCAUCCAUCUGUAAAUCGUGGCCCAAAAGCAACACGGACAGAUAAACAUCUAUGUAACUGACUAAAGGAGUUAACCUUUGCUUUGAUAGUCCGUGAUAUGGAACACAAAAGCAAACAUGGAGCUAGUAAAGUUCGGAGUGUUCUAUAUAUUUUGCUGCCCAAACCGGAUCUUUUAGCACUUAUUUCCCUGAAAAACCUCAUUCCUCGUCAAACUUUAAGGUUCAAAAUCUCAGAAACGUUGGUACCUAGUGAUAUAUUCUUCCAGUAUCUUUUGUGUAUUACUUUAGGUAUUAACAUCAAUCAAAGAAACAUAAAUGAAGGUUGGCCACAGAACAAACAAAAAAAACGCCAAAAAUUACUGAAAAUUACCCAUUGUAUUUUAUCCAAAAUAGCAGAUUCUGGUAACCAAGGCUACUAUUCCUUCACUCCAUUGUCUGGCGGAAUCAAACUACAUAUGCAGGGCGAGUUUGUAGUGUAGGCUCGGUCGAUAACUCUGUUAUUACGGAUAGUAUCUGAAAAAGUUGAUUACAAAAAUUGUUGCCAACAGUAUGCUUCUUGCUUGAAAAAAAAUUAUCUGUACAGGGUGAUUCAUAACUUGCGGUGAUGCAUGCAUUUUUUAAAUCCAUAGCAUAACAUUUUAUUCCCGAUUUCCUUCAAACGAAGCACCUUGAUAUAACAUACUAUAUGGUUCUAUUUCAAGAUUGUUGAUAUAUUUGACAAUCUAUUGAAUAAAAUGCCGAAUUUUGACAACCAGCACCUCCGUGACUGUGUUACAGAGUACUAAAUUUUCCGUUAAAAAAAAAAUGUUACCAUAUUUUGUUCCUAUACACUCACUAUUUCAGUGUUCUGAACAGUUUAUACAGGAUGAUCAAGAACGCAAAAUAAGCGAUUUCUCAGAUAUUUUAAAUGGAACGCUCUCUGCAUUUUCACAUUCCCUGAUUCUCCUUUCCAGAAGCUUUUAAAAUAUUUUCCAGGUCGAGAGGAAACUGUUGGCUACAAUUUUUGUAUUAUUUUUUUUUCAUAUUCAACGCCUAAUAAUGGAGUUAUCCAUCAAGCUCACACUAAAAACAACCCUGUAUAUAAAAACAACAGGAUAAGUAUCAGGAGUUAGAUUAAGACUACUGUUGAUGUCGCAAAGUACAUUGCAAUGUUCGCAAUUCACACCGUAAAAACAUCUCAAAAAAGUAAACUCUAAUUAUUUUGUGGAGAAGCAGUAGCCCGAUGGUAUCUAACAUCCUAAUAAAAGUCAAAAUCACAAUAUUUGCACCGCUAAGUUAACCUCAUCAACUCGCCAUACCAAGGCAAGCUUAAGAGCAGAUUGUCACAGGAUGGAAAAUUCUACUUAUAUCUGGUGUUCCACUACCCAAUUACUGACGAGUCCACACCAUCGUGUCCCGUUACUUAAUUUCUUCCUGUAUCUCUUUAGGUUAGAUGGAUACUUAGAAUGGCCAUAGAGACAAACAAAAAGCUAGUGCCUUGCCAUGCUGGGUAUCUAAGAAUCAAAGUAAAUAAUAUCAUAAUUGUGACCAAGUGUGACGCGAGUCGUAAGAUGCUUGGAUUAUAAUGACAAUUAAGAGUGACUGUGAUAUGUCAGAGGUGUACUAGGCUGCAUAUGCUAGCUCAAAUCUCGAGAAGUAGUACAUAAAGUAUACAUAUGCUUCUAACUCCUUUACAUCAAUCAAAAAUGUUACCACUGCAAAGAUUUGGCAUUUAUUUGUCUUUUUCGCAAUGCGCGCCUUAACAAAAUUACAUGUAUAACAACUGAAAGACUUUUAGACUUUUUAUAGCCAUUUUUCAAUGCUUUUUCGCCCAAAAAAAUACGUUUUUAAAAUUCGAUCUAAAAACUUACAUUUUAUGUCAAUGCCAUAAAAUCAAGGUUUUUUCAUUUAUUAAAACGUUUAAAUUCCGUCAAAAUGAAUUUUUUGGUAAAUACCCCAUUAAUUCGUUAAAUUUGGAUCACCGAGCAGGCAGCAUAUAUCCUUUGACAGCUUGUAUAUCAAAUUUUCGGCACAAUGUUGGUAUGUUCAAAAAUUUAGUUAGGUAGCUGUUAUUUGUGUCAAAAAUGCCAAGUUAGAAAAAAUGUGUUGAAUAUAUUAAAUCAUUACAAGCAACUUAGAGUGUAGCUAAAUAAGUAUCAUACUUGCAUCAUACUUUGGUCCGCUGUACAGUAUAGUCCUUGAGUACAUACUAAGCUGAACUGCCACAAAACAAACAAAAAAAUGACAAAAUGAUAUUAAACUAAUGCUUGGUCUAACGUAUUUUUUGAAAUAUAACAUUUUUUGCUGAAAUAUAGCUAGGUAGUAUUUUAAAACUUGGUAAGAUUUGCUGUUACUUAACCCUUAACCAAUAAAAAUACAAAUUGGAUUCCAAUGAACAAAAAAAUGUUCUUGUGAAUAUUCUGAUCUAGAAGUUUUGGGCGAACAGACCUACUAAUAUGCUGUACUCAAGGAUCUAUCUCAAUAUUUAAUGAUUCCAUUUUAAUUCACAAAAUUGUUAAAGUGCACUUUGUAAGAAGAAUGUUUAUAUACAUAUAGAAAAAACCAAAAAAUUGUAUAUAGUAUGAAUAUAAAUAAAAACCUUUUUUUGUAAAAUAUACGUGUUUGUACAGAAUUAGUUUCUGUUUAUGCAAAUAUUAUGUUAGCAAAUAAACUUGUUAAAGUUUACAUAAUUUGAAUUUCACCAAGUGCUGGGGGUUUCAGGCAGAAAUACGAGUAAAUGAUUGUAACAAUGAAAAAUGCAAAAAUAUGUGUAUUAGUUUAUGUAUGGAAUUCAAUAGUGCAAUUCUGUGUUUUUGUCUGAAACUAAGACAGCUCAAUAACCAUUUGUCCAAUGUAUCUAGUUAAUAUUUAUUAUGUAACUGAAAUGAUUUUCCAAAGGAUCAAAAAGAUUCACAGAAGAAAUACGAGAAAAUCCAGUCUCCCACACUUAAUUUAAAGGAAACACGAGUGGCCAAAUUUUAAAACUGUGCUGAAAAUGAUAAACGAGAAAUGUAUCUUUAUCACAUUACGCUGUAUUAUGUAAGGUGACAUCACUUAUUAUUUUCAUGCUCAACAAAAUAACAUUUUAUUAAAGUAUGGCUGUGACUCUUUUUCGUUACUUUUGUUCAACCACUAGAGGAAAAAAAUUCAGCUGAGCUAUCAGCAACGCACUUAGCCGAGUUUGAUAAUGUGAUAUCGCCUAGUAAAUUUUUUAAAAAGAACAUAAUUUUUGGAAAGUUUUGUUUUUACGCUUCCCGGUCCUUUCAGGGCAUGAGUAGCAAAAAAAUUCUGAGAUCUCUCCAAUACUUAAUGCAAUUUUAGGUCCAAAUUUUAAACUAGCAAUGUGUAUUUCUUCAAGAAGAACUAAUUUAUUCUACUUGAAUCCUUUUUUUUGUUUUUCAAACCCGGAGUGGUUUAUGAAGGUAAUGAAAAGUCUUGAUAUUACCAAAUCUUAUAAAAUAUAUGCGUAAAGCUGCUAAAGUAUCAAACGGUCAAGAUAGGUAAAAAUGAAUGGGAUACCAACACUGAUUCCAUUUAUUUUUUGAUACAAAUAUAUUUUCUCAACGACGUCUUCUUAAUUUAGUCAUUGUACACAAAGAAUCGGAAUCAUCCUUUAACAUGUGUUUUAGUUUUCUUAUUUUAUUUUGCACUCAGGUACAAUAUUUCACUUACUAGUAUUUUAUUUUAUAUUAUCGAAUAGAAUUAUAUAGAUUAAUUUAUUUGUAUAUGGCAGUUUUUUUCUGUAAGCUAAAGGGUAUCAUGUUAUAUUUAAAAAAAUCCAUAUAGACCAAGCGGACAGUGCCUUUUAAAAACCCUCUUAGGAGUGGUUAUGCUUGUUUUAGGCAGAAUACAUACCAUUUGUAAGAUGCCUUAAUUAUGUUAGAAUUAAAAAUUUGAUUCUUUA